AAGUGUUUUUUUUUUCGGGGAGAGGAAUUAUUUGUUAAGUGGGGGAGCAUUUAAAGAAAAAAAGUAAACACCCACGGUUCUGGACUUCUGGUAUUGUGAUGACGAUUGACGACUGAACUGUAUAAGCACCCACAAUUCUUCGUAUUCUCUUCAUUACAGGAUGCAUAUAUUUCUCUACGAAUCUGAGCUUGUGAUCGAUUUUCUCCCAUUCUUGCAAAUCUUGAAACAUCCAAAGUUUAGGGCAAGGGGGCAGGAAACUUUUAUGUGAAGAAGAAGAAAAGGGUUACUUUCCUUUCUUCUUUUUUUCCCCUGUCAAAGUAUUCUUGUGAUUCUUUGGACUUGGCUCUGCCUUUCCGAGGAUCUUCUGGGCUGUGUUUCCUUCUAAGUGUAUGAUUUGGUUGUGGAUGAAGAAGGAUCUGAUUUGUGAUUCCUGUUAUGAGAACUGGGGGAUUUUAUGAUUCAUAGUUAGAUCUCUGAUCUUCAUAAUAUGGAGAAUGGUGGUUGGAUGGCAUUGAUUUUUGCUUCAGAAUUGUUCUUGGCAUUCAAGGAAGAAGGAGACAAGUUAGCUUAACAAUGACUGGUGAUAGUGAUUUCGAUGGAGGAGAUGUAUCCGGCGGUUGUGGUUCCAUUUAGUUUGGGUAGCUUUGUUUGUGAUAGCCAAAUCCAUAUGGAUGUCACGAAUCUAAACGCGAUUAGUGAUUCUAAAAGCGAUCAUAGUGUUGUGGUUUCAAGCAUUGCCCGGGAAAGCGAAGACGAUGAUCUGAAUCUUGACACCUCAUCAUGCUCCUUGUCCAUCGCGAGUGAUACUAGUAGUGCGUGCAAUGAUGAUUUGUUGGCUGAGUUGGCGCGUGCUGAUGGGUCCCACUCAAAACCGCCCGUUUUGGAUAAGGGAUCAAGUGGUGGGACUGUGACCCGGAGUGUGUUUGAAGUGGAUUAUGUCCCGCUUUGGGGGUACGUAUCCGUAUGUGGAAGGAGGGCAGAAAUGGAAGAUGCGGUUUCAACCGUGCCAAGGUUCUUUAAGGUUCCACUGGAGAUGCUAAUCGGAAAUCGUAUGGUGGAUGGGAUGAGAGGGCAUUUAAGUCAUUUGACCGCUCAUUUCUUCGGAGUCUAUGAUGGUCAUGGUGGCUCUCAGGUUGCAAAUUACUGUCGUGAUCGAAUUCACACCGCAUUGGCCGAAGAGCUGAGUAUUGAACUGAGUAACAAAAAUACCGAAAAUGCCCAAGCAUUAUGGAGGAGGGCAUUUGGAAAUUGUUUCGUGAAGGUUGAUGCCGAGGUUGGAGGGCAGGGGAAUGUCAAACCGGUUGCCCCAGAGACUGUGGGGUCCACUGCGGUCGUUGCCCUCGUUUGUUCAUCUCAUAUUAUCGUGGCAAACUGUGGCGAUUCAAGAGCGGUUCUCUGUCGCGGGAAAGAACCUAUGGCAUUAUCUGUGGAUCACAAACCAAACAGAGAGGAUGAAUAUCAAAGGAUUGAAGCAGCUGGGGGCAAAGUGAUACAGUGGAACGGACAUCGUGUGUUUGGUGUUCUUGCAAUGUCAAGGUCCAUAGUUCCAAGACAAGCAUUAGGAGUGCAAUAUAGAAGUAUGAAAGAGCUUUAAUUUAUUCCUGCAAAUACCAUUAUGCUCCGUAUCAUAUACAUGUCACCUUUCGGAGUCGUUUGUGGGAAGUCCGACCGAUCAAGGGUUUAUUUGCAAUUUUCAUGAACGUCGAGGGCUGUUUGCAAUUUGACCAAACAUUUGGGGGGCUAAAUUGCAAUUUUGGUCAUGCAAGCAGACAUACUUGGCAGAAUUGGUCUCAAAGUUCACGUGUCGCCCGUUUGUGCAUAAACACAACAAUUGAUU